AUGGACUCCUACACAGUUGCGCCUCAGGUGCAGAGCCAACCUUCGUUCGCAUACUAUGCCGACACACAACAACAGCAGGGCCACUACACCAACCAGCCCUCGGAAGUUCCCUACUACGGUCAGAUGCAGUACGCCCAUGGCGAGCAGCCCAUCUACCAGGCGCAGUCCAUGAUGAACAUGCACCAGAUGGCCACCACCAAUGCCUUCCGCGGUGCCACCAUGAACAUGACUCCCAUUGCCUCGCCUCAGCCCUCGCAGAUGAAGCCGGCUAUCAUUGUGCAGCAUGGCUCACCCGCUUUGAUGCCUCUGGAUACCCGCUUUAUCGGGACGGACAUGUACGGAUUCCCUACAACUCCGCCGUUGUCCUCGUCAGGCAGCACCAUCAGCAGCCCGCCCUCGGCCAAUGGCACUUUGCACACUCCCAUCAACGACGCCUUCUUUUCCUUUGAGAAGGUGGAGGGUGUCAAGGAAGGGUGCGAGACCGACGUCCACCAAGAAAUCCUGGCCAACCCGGAAUGGGGGCGCGCCGACUCACCCCCCAUGACACCAGUCUUUAUCCACCCGCCGUCUCUUACCGCCAGCCAGGCGUCCGAUCUAUUCUCCGCCCACUCCUGCCCCUCGCUUUCCCCCUCCCCCUCUCCAGUCCCGACCGAUAUCCUUGCCCAAUCCCAGGGCUUGACCGAUUCCACCGGUCAGAGUUUCUGUGACCCUCGUCAGCUCACGGUCGAGCCUUCGGUGAAUGUGCCCGCUCCCCAGAACCUCCCUCCUCUGCCCACCCUCACAUGCGAUGAGGAGCAGCCUCGCGCCGUGGUGGGUAGUGCGUCCGUAACCCUGCCCGUCAACGAGAACCCCUCGCCUUCCUACACGGCUUCUUCCGCCGAGGACCCUCUGAGCUCCCUGCCGACCUUCGACAGCUUCUCAGACCUCGACUCCGAUGAUGAGCUGAGCCACCUGGUGGACUUCCACCCGGGCAGCAACUCUCUCUACCUGGGUGGCAAGCGUCAGCGUGUGGAGCAGUUCGUGGCCGAGGAUGAGGGCUUCCUCAGCGAGCACAGCCUCGACGACUCCGAUGAGCAUGAGGGCUUCAUGCACCAUGCUCUGCCUUCCUUCGAGUGGGCCGAGUCCGUUGAGCCCCACGUCGAGGCAGAUGAGGAUUUCUCCGAGGAGGAGACCAAGAUUAAGAAGCGCAGCAACCGCAAGUCGUCUAGGAAGACCGCCCAUAUCGACGAGGACCACCAUCGCAAGUCCCUGUCCGUCCCACACUCUCACGCGACUGCCCACUCCGACUGCAGCACCGACUCCGAGCGGGCUCCCGUGUCGGUUAACCGUCGGGGCCGCAAACAGUCUCUAACCGAGGACCCAUCCAAGACCUUCGUGUGCACUCUGUGCUCGCGUCGGUUCCGUCGCCAGGAACACCUCAAGCGCCACUACCGCUCGCUGCACACUCAGGACAAGCCCUUCGAGUGCCACGAGUGCGGCAAGAAGUUCUCUCGCAGUGACAACCUGGCUCAGCACUCCCGCACCCACGGCGGUGGCUCCGUCGUCAUGGGUGUCUUGGACUCCAGCGACGUGUCCUUUGACGAGCAGCAUGACGCCGGUGCUUUAGGUGCCGUCGUGUACGAGUCCCAGUCCGGCUCUGAGGACUCCGCCGACCGUCGGCCGGCAAAGAAGCGCAAGCGUGACGUCUAA